AAUAAAGUAAUAACAACCAGGAAACUAUACUUUACCGUAAAAGAGCACUUGCAGCAAAUACUCUGAAUCAUCUUACAUUCUGUAGAUCAGUAAUUCUCAACUGGUGCGUUGUGAAGUCGCUUUCAGUCGGUCACUGGCCUUUGCCAGACUUUGAAUUUUUUAAUAAAGGUGUGCUGUCUACACUCCUCAGCUGUAGGCUGAUGUUAAAGUAUCACUAUCCAUGUUUGACAGUACAGUAGACAUUAACACAACAUCCUGAGAAGUCAGAUAAAUUUACAAUAGGAUCAGCUGUUGAGCAUCUACACAAAUAGCUCGGCUUAAACAGCAUAUUAGUAGAGGAACAGUAUCAGGUUCUGUUCUGCAUGUUAAAGGUGCCACGUGAAACUGUCAUCUGUCAAAUGUUGCCUGUUACCGUAAACAUCUAAUACAACACAUGGAUUUUUCUUCAAACAGGAAGAAGAUGCAGUGGAGUCAGUUUCUGCUAAUUAUGAUGGGCCAUUGGUAUUUCUUCACAUGUCACCUGUAUGAGUAUCCUUUUAUUGGAAAGAACAAGACCUGGUAUGAAGCUCAGACGUACUGUAGAGAGACGUAUACAGACCUGGCCACAGUGUCUGACAUGACAGACAUGAGGAGACUCUGUAGCUCUACAAAGAAUCAGGAUGAAGCCUGGAUUGGUCUGCACAGCUACCCAGGAAGAGAGAACAGGAAGUGGUACUGGUCUCUGCCAGGACUGGAGUUUAAUGACAGUGAUACUAGAUGGGGGAGUGGACAGCCCAAUGAUGGAGGAACAACAUUACUUAUUGAGAACUGUGCUCUGAUGAACAGUAAACAAUGGAGUGAUUAUCCUUGUAAACAGACAUUUCCAUUCAUUUGUUACAGUGAAUCACAACAACCCAACAACACAUUUUAUUAUAUUACAACACCAAUGACUUGGCCUCAGGCUCAGAGUUACUGCAGACAACAUUACACAGACCUGGUCAGUGGACUGGACCAGUUGGAUGAUCCAACCUUGGCAUCUUACAGCUAUGUGUGGAUCGGUCUGUUCAGAGACACCUGGAGGUGGUCAGAUGGGAGUAACCCCUCCUUCAGAAACUGGCAAAGUCUUGGAGAUUUGGUUGAUGGACAAAGUGACAAGACAUGUGCUACUGUGUUAAACACAGCAGGAACAUGGAGCUACGACUAUUGUGAUACACAAAAACCCUUCUACUGCUACGAAGCAAAUCCAAAGAGGAAAUAUGUGGUGAGAGUGAAACUGGCUGCUGACCCCUCUGUGAACAUGACAGACCCUGCUGUGACUGAGUCCAUGUUAAAACAGAUGGAAGCAAGGUUAAAAGAUAAAGGUUUAUCUGUGAAGCUGAGCUGGAGGAAACUCCCUGUCAAACUAAACAUAGAAGCACAAGAAGAAGAAUCCGAGCAGGGCUGUACAUAGUUCCAUAAUGAGUUGUGCUAUAAAGGUGUUUCAUAAUUUUCUUUUGUCAUUAACAGCAUAUUAGUAGAGGAACACUAUCAGGUUCUGUCCUGCAUAUUAAAAGUGCCACAUAAAACUGUCAUCUGUCAGAUGUUGCAUCCUAUUCUUGCUGUACAAGGGCUUCUGAAUGUUGAGACACUGUAAAAAUUGUUAGGCGACCUUGCACGUUUUAACAUAAAAGUUCAGUUUUAAUGCGAGAAUUGUAACUAGUUGUACUUACUACAGCACAGUGGGCUGCUUUGCAUUAAGAAGUCAUUUUGAUGUACAGUAGCUAACUGUGGAAACCACAUUAGCUGGGGGCCAAACUACGGCAGGUAAACAUCAAUUGCUUGUGUGUGAGUACUCCAGCCUAAUGUUUUGCUGGGUAGAGCAACUUCAAAGGUUUCAGACAGCGUGUUCCUGAACAUGGACCAGGUCUGAAAGAGGGUUAUGUAGUUGAAGAUGCCAAAUAAAAGUAAA